AUGCCAAAUCUGCAGCCGGAGAAAUACUUUCGCGAGUCGGCCCGCAAGACCUUCACGCGCAGGAAGUCCGCCGCUGAGGAGGAGUCGCGACUCUCGCGCAGGUCCUCUGGCCCGAGGAGCCCGGUGACGGCCGGUGCUGUGGCAGGCGGUGAGGUAGAUGCAGUCGCGCUCCAGUGUGACAUCGACUGCGUGUUCGAGACGGCUGCAAUCAAGCGGCGCGCUGUCGGACCGAAAGACGUCCAGAUCGACGUCAAAUACUGUGGCGUCUGCCACUCUGAUCUCACGUUUGCGGUCGGUGCGACCAAGGACCUCGGCAUCCCGCAGCACUGGCCGGUGGGCUCUACAUACAUUCCCGAGAGCUACGUUCACAGCUUCGGUCCUUUAUAUGAGGGUGCUCGAGAGUUGCCAACGCUGGAAAAUAUAUUUCGCGUGAGCUCGGGUGGCGCGCAUCCCGUGAUCCCGGCGUAA